CCCGCCGCCCAAAUAGCGCAGUCGGAGGGGGGAGACGCCCGAGGAGCGGGACGGGACGCACGGCUGCCGGCAGGAACACAGGAGACGGUACUGAGCGCCACGCCCAGCCUCGUCAAGUCGUCGGCUCUGGCCAGCACGAUGAGGAUCAUCACGGCUGUCGCUCUCUGUGUCCUGGGCUCGGCCUCUGUGUGGGGUCAGACCGAGGAGUGUCCCCCAGAAGAGGUCACGGCCGGCUGCCGUAUCUCGAACGGCAACUGCGUCUGCGCACAGGAGUGUAACACCAUGUUCCCGUACCGGGACGAAUCGGCGUGUCAGGAGGCUAUCCAAGCGCGGUCCAGCGACCCGUGCCGGCCGAGCCCGUGCGAGAGGGGCUUCUGCGUACAGACUGCCUCCCACCCGGGCUUCAAGUGCUAUUGCUUCGGCACAGGCUACUACGGGGAACGCUGCGAGAACAACUGCGGGGCCAUCCGGCGGCGGCGGUGGAACGACCUGACGUUCCCGCUGUCGUGCGUCGGCGUGUGACACUGCCCGCGGAGCUCGCCAGUGGCGCGGCCGCCCUCAGCCGCCGUCGCCGCCGCCGCUGGCCGCUGGACUGGUCACCGUCUCCAGCUACACUGCCUUCGAGGCGCCGCGCCGCCGCAGCCGCUGUGCCGCCGGCCGUCCCCGUUUCGAUAGCGGCCUGCUACCGUGCGCCAAGGUCGUGACGACCGAGCGGGCCAACCGUCUGUUUUGUCGGGAACCACCCACAUGCCAGAGCCGAUCAUACAGUUGCUGUCAUACAGUCACGAAGCACGGCCAUACAGUUACUGGGUUAAUGCAGCGCUGUUCACUCGACGCUGGCCGGUCCCUGUCCUGGUUUGCGGUAACGGCCCCGAGAUUUGUCAAUUCGGCUGCGUUGUGUGGUGCACGCUUCCGGUAGCUUGACCGGCGGCCAAUUUCGUGUCUCGAUAUCAUGUUAGGAAGAGGCUUGUGGUGGGCUUGAAGGAAUAGGAAAAGCGUGGUACAAAGAACGCGAAGCUGGUAGUUGUGUGACAAACGUUUGAUAUCUUUAAUACAUGCCAAUGUUCUUGUACGUGA